CCGGGUCCUUUGCAAGAAUCGCUCUGAGAGGAGGCGGGAAAUGGCGUCCCGAGCAGCUGUAGCAGAUCCAUCUGUCGUUCUGUGACUCGCGCUCAGCGGAGAGGAGAAGUGACGGACGGGCAGCUGUGGCCAGAUCCACAACCAUCUCCGGAUCGUGCCGUUGUGACCCUUGGCAUUCUUACAUGUGACUUUUGGGACAAUGAGGCUGAGAGUGCGUAAGGCAUCUCAGCAGCGGAGCACCACCCCAUCCGCCCGGACCGCCAAGACCAAGAGGAAGCACUCCGAGGUGGAACACACUUUGUCCUCCGAAGACGCCAAGAUGCAGAAGCGAGACACGGGUAUUUUCUCCACCAUCAAACGGUUCAUCAGAGGCAAUGCUGUCAAGGUGGAGCAGUGCACUCCUGCUAAGAGAAGCCGUGUAGACUGCGAUUCGGACAGUAAUCUGAUCACAUCCACUCCGACAGCUGGGAACCUGCCCAGCAGAGCAAACCCCAGAACCCGCAGGAAAGGCCCUGUCAAUGGAGAUACCAUGACAGGUCAGAGUAAACCAGUGAAGCCCAAUGGGAAGCUGGAGGUGCAGACGGAAACUCCGAGCAGUCCGCCCCGCACCACCCUCCUGGGAACCAUCUUCUCUCCUGUUUUUAGCUUCUUCUCACCCGCCAACAAAAACUCUACGGCAGGCUCAGAUUCCCUGGGGCAGUCGGUGGAGGCUGAGGAGAUCGUGAAGCAGCUUGACAUAGAGCAGCUCGAGGAAACCCCGACCAGCACUACCACAGAUGGCCGAGACCUGACCUUUGACCCUGCACUAAACCCUAGACCGCUGCCUCUCAUAGACACAUCGGUAGAGGAAGGAGAGAUCGUCACAGAGGCUGAUAUGCCACCGCUAACUGCCGUAGGAUCCAACAGCAGUUAUCCGAAUGUCCCGCCGUCACCUCCAGCAGAAGGGACUUACGAAGAGGACUGGGAAGUUUUUGACCCUUAUUUCUUCAUCAAACACGUGCCACCCUUGUCUGAAGAGCAGCUCACCCGUAAGCCUGCACUCCCUCUGAAAACCAGGAGCACGCCCGAGUUCUCUCUCGUCCUGGAUCUAGAUGAGACUUUGGUCCACUGCAGCCUCAAUGAAUUGGAGGAUGCAGCCUUGACCUUCCCUGUGCUUUUCCAAGAUGUCAUUUACCAGGUGUAUGUCCGGUUACGGCCAUUCUUUAGAGAAUUCCUGGAACGCAUGUCUCAAAUUUAUGAGAUUAUCCUCUUUACUGCUUCCAAGAAGGUGUAUGCUGACAAGCUGCUGAACAUCCUGGAUCCUAAAAAACAGCUGGUUAGGCACAGAUUGUUUCGCGAACACUGCGUAUGCGUCCAAGGCAACUACAUCAAAGACCUUAACAUCCUCGGGAGAGAUCUCUCCAAGACGGUGAUCAUAGACAACUCACCUCAGGCUUUUGCCUACCAGCUUUCCAAUGGGAUCCCCAUUGAGAGUUGGUUUGUGGACAAGAAUGACAAUGAGCUCCUAAAGCUGGUGCCGUUUUUGGAGAAGCUGGUAGAACUGAACCAGGACGUUCGGCCGCACAUUGUGCAGCAAUUUCGCCUGCAUGACCUUCUACCCCCAGACUGAAUGCCGCAGCGAAAGAUCAUUUCUUGCCAGCCUGACUGUUU